AGAGAAAGCAAACGAAGAAAAAAAGGUUUGAGUAGAGAUUAGGCAAAAAAACAAACUUCGAUCCCCAAAUUCGAAACUUUGAUCACAAUCUUCAAUCGGCUCAUCUCCGUCUCGUCGUCGCCGGCGUCUGAUCGGAUCAUGGUGGUGAAUUCGCGGAAGAAUUUGAAUUUGUCAAGAUUUCGAUUUCAUCUCUGUAUUACGCUUUAGGGUUUUCGUUUAUAAUCGUGUGUAUAUAAAAAAGACUGGUGAUUUUUUAGGAUUGUUUGUUUGUUUGUGUGUGUGGUUUGAUCGGAAUAUGUAUAUCGAAGAAGUGAGUGAGAAAGGGGAGAGAUCGGUGGAGGAGGAGGAGGUUGGUGAUGGAGAUAAGGCUGUGUUGGUGAGCAGUGGAGACGUGGUUGUGUUGACGACGAAGAUGGCGCUUGUUGGCGUUGGUGCACGUGCCUUGUUCUAUCCGACUUUGAUUUACAACGUUGUGAGGAAUAAGGUUGAGGCUGAGUUUCAUUGGUGGGAUAGGGUUGCUCAGUUUAUACUACUGGGAGCUGUUCCGUUUCCGUCUGAUGUUCCGCGGCUGAAGGAGCUUGGUGUUUGUGGAGUGAUCACUCUGAAUGAGCCUUAUGAGACUUUGGUUCCAUCAUCUCUAUACAAAUCUUACUGCAUUGACCACCUGGUGAUUGCCACGAGAGAUUAUUGCUAUGCACCUUCCAUGGAAGCAAUAUGCCAAGCUGUUGAUUUUAUCCAUAGAAAUGCUUCUAUUGGGAAGACGACUUACGUUCACUGCAAGGCGGGUCGGGGCCGAAGCACAACUAUCGUCUUAUGCUACUUGGUGCAACACAAAGACAUGACACCUGAAGAAGCAUAUGCCUACGUGAGGUCAAUCAGGCCUAGGGUGAAACUAGCUUCCACCCAAUGGAAGGCUGUUCUUGAGUACUACAAUGUCAGGGUGCUGAAUACCACUCAGAGCUCCUUAACCGAUGCAACUUCAGCCUUGAUCCCGAGAAGUACGAAGCAGGUUUGCUCUGGGAAUGUGGUCGUGUUUGAUGACGGGUCGGUGGUCGUAGUGACCCACUCGGAUGUAGAAGGCUAUGAUGAUGAUGACUCAAGGAGGUCAAUGAAUGUCGCUGCUGGGAACGAGUUAUGGGCAGCAGCUGCAGAUCUGAGCAUGGUGUACCGGGUGAAAGUGGUGGGACAAGCUGCUUUGGCGAGGAUCUCGUGCAUGUGGCUGGGCUUGCGCGAGGAUCACAAGCUCUCUGGGAAAAAUCUUUCCAUGAGAGGUAUAAGCGUCGACAUUUCUGUCUACUGAUGAUGAUGAUGAUGAAAAAAUGAUGAUGGUGAGAGUCUUGGCGAGUGUAGUGAAUGUGCCCUUUUCACUGUGCUCCCGCAGUAAAAAAAGAAUAUAAAUAAAAAGGGGUCAAAUUAGAUUAUAGAAGACAAAAGGGUUUGUAAACUCUGCAAACAAGGAAAAAAAAGACUUGGUUUUGUGGUCUUGGUAAUGUAAUGAAAUACAUGAAUUAAUCUUAUUUUCAAGUAUCCAA